AUGCCUCCAGGGGGCAGCACGCGCACGCACAUGAGUGACAGUCACAGCGGAAACAUGAAGCUGCCACUCUUGGUGUUGAUCGUGGAUCUGCUGUGGCUGAAAGACUGUCACUGUGCACCUACUUGGAAGGACAAAACUUCUAUCCGUGAAGACCCGAAGGGUUUUUCCAAGGCUGGGGAGAUAGAUGUAGAUGAAGAGGUGAAGAAGGCUUUGAUUGGCAUGAAGCAGAUGAAAAUCCUGAUGGAAAGAAGAGAGGAGGAACAUAGCAAGCUAAUGAGAACCCUGAAGAAAUGCAGAGAAGAAAAGCAGGAGGCCCUGAAGCUUAUGAAUGAAGUUCAAGAACAUCUAGAAGAGGAAGAAAGGCUAUGCCAGGUGUCUUUGAUGGAUUCCUGGGACGAAUGCAAAUCUUGCCUGGAAAGUGACUGCAUGAGAUUUUAUACAACCUGCCAAAGCAGUUGGUCCUCUAUGAAAACCACGAUUGAACGGGUUUUCCGGAAGAUAUAUCAGUUUCUGUUUCCUUUCCAUGAAGAUGAAGAAAAAGAGCUCCCUGUUGGUGAGAAGUUCACUGAGGAAGAUGUACAGUUGACGCAGAUAGAGAAUGUGUUCAGCCAGCUGACCGUGGAUGUGGGAUUUCUCUAUAAUAUGAGCUUUCACGUCUUCAAACAGAUGCAACAAGAAUUUGACCUGGCUUUUCAGUCAUACUUUAUGUCAGACACAGACUCCGUGGAGCCUUACUUUUCUCCAGCUUUAUCCAAAGAGCCAGCAAAAAAAGCACAUCCUAUGCAGAGUUGGGACAUUCCCAGCUUCUUCCAGCUGUUUUGUAAUUUCAGUCUCUCUGUUUAUCAAAGUGUCAGCGCAACAGUUACAGAGAUGCUGAAGGCCAUUGAGGACUUACCCAAACAAGACAAAGAUUCUGCUCACGAUGGACAGAGUUCCACAACGUGGCCUGUGUGGGGCAGAGGGCUGUGUGGAGAACUUGACCAGAACUCGUCGGAAUGUUUCCAAUUUCAUGCAAGAUGCCAGAAAUGUCAGGAUUACCUGUGGGCAGACUGUCCUGCUGUUCCCGAACUAUACACAAAGGCAGAUGAGGCCCUUGAGUUGGUCAACAUAUCCAAUCAGCAGUACGCCCAGGUACUCCAGAUGACCCAGCAUCACUUGGAGGAUACCACGUAUCUGAUGGAGAAGAUGAGAGAGCAGUUUGGUUGGGUAACAGAGCUGGCCAGCCAGACCCCAGGAAGUGAGAACAUCUUCAGUUUCAUAAAGGUAGUUCCAGGUGUUCACGAAGGAAAUUUCUCCAAACAAGAUGAAAAGAUGAUAGACAUAAGCAUUCUGCCUUCCUCUAAUUUCACACUCACCAUUCCUCUUGAAGAAAGUGCUGAGAGUUCCAACUUCAUUAGCUACAUGCUGGCCAAAGCUGUACAACAUUUUAAGGAACAUUUUAAAUCUUGGUAA